UCUCUCUCUCUCUCUCUCUCGCUGCUGUCCCAGGGCGGCUGUCUGUGUUUAUUCCCGUCCCAGUGCCAGGCCCUGGGCCCCGGGCAGCAGGAUGUGGUUCCUCUACCUCCUCAGCUGGCUCUCGCUGCUGCUACAGGUCGCCUUCGUCACGCUGGGAAUCGCUGCUGGCUUAUACUAUCUUGCAGAAUUAAUUGAAGAAUAUACAGUCAUUACCAGCCGCAUCAUCAAGUACAUGAUAUGGUUCUCCACCGGAGUGCUGGUCGGUCUCUACCUCUUUGAGAAUUUUCCUGCGUUAAUGAUUGGAGUCGGACUCUUCACAAACCUCGUCUACUUUGGCCUAUUGCAAACGUUUCCAUACAUCCUGCUCACAUCACCCAAUUUUAUAUUAUCCUGUGUGCUGGUGGUCUGUAACCAUUACCUGGCAUUUCAACACUUUGCUGAGGAAUACUAUCCCUUCGCGGAGGUUCUGGCUUACUUCACACUCUGCCUGUGGAUAACCCCUUUCUCCUUCUUCGUAUCCCUGUCCGCCAGCGAGAAUGUCCUUCCAUCCACAAUUCAGCAUGGAGACGAUGUUGUGUCGAAUUACUUCACGAAGGGUAAAAGGAGUAAGAGAUCGGGAAUUUUGGUGAUCUUCACCUUCAUCAAAGAGGCAAUCCUGCCCAGUCGACAGAAGAUAUACUGACAAGCACCAAGUGUGUACCUUCACAAGCACUAACAGAACUGAUGGACAGGUUGGAGGAGGGUAGAGCAGAGAGCCCAAAAGACUUAGUAACAUGGAGGAUGACGAGCUCCUGUCUUGGACUUGAAUUUGGAAUUACUUCUUGAUUUUUUUUUGUCCUUUAAAUGGUCCCUCCUCCCAGAAGGAAUAUCGUUUGGAGAUGAUUUUAAAUGCAUUAUUUUUGCACAGAUUUUGGAAUUUAAAAGGACUUCAAACAACAAAAUACAAAUCUUGUUCCAUUUGGAUAGGACUCAAUCGAAGUCCCCCACACGGUGUACUCAAUGUAAUCGUUGCCAUUUUAUAAUGGAGUGGAUGAUUGCUGUAUAUGGUCAUUGAUGCUUCCAGUAAAUUUUGUUCAGUUUAA